UUGCUCCUGAAAUUCACGAAUGAUCUAUCAAGUAUUGCUCCCAGUGUCCGAGUUGUCGACCUGCCAAUUCUUGAGCUUCGAGGUGCGGAUCAGUGGAAGAUAAGAUGGGGUUCAUAAUGGAGUUCGCUGAGAAUUUGAUUCUCAAAAUGAUGGAAGAUCCGAAGGAAAGGGAUCGCAAAUUCAGGGAACACGUUUAUUCAGUGAAGGAUAGGUGCAAGAAGACAAAGGAGAUGUGGAGCUAUCCUCUGAGACCUUAUGGGUUUUGGACAUUCGAGCGCCAUAAUUCUCAGCUCGCUUGGGAUGCUCAAAUUAGUCAGACUCCUGGUCGGAGGGAUCCUUAUGAUGACGUCCUCCAGCGAAACAGCGGUUCAUCUAAAUGAGGAUGAUUAUCUGGUGGUUGGAGUUGAGAGAGAAGUUGAAUAAAGUUACAUGGCCGAUGUCUAUCCUUUUCCAUUUGCAGUAAUUCAGACAUUGUCUUGUUGGCAUUCACUAGCAUUUCAAGAUUAAACGGGAAAUUUUAUCACCAAAGCGAUUGGAAAAAUAUUUAUAAGAAUAAGAUGUUUUGAUAUGAGAAAAAAAUAAAAAACUUAUGUGUUGUAUACAUUCUAAAUAGUGCGAUGAUGAUUCACGCUAAAAGUUAGGUUCAAAUUUGUUAUCGGUUGUCCUGAACUUGAAAAAUUAGGAUAUGCAGAGUAAUUCCCUCACAAACAAACGACAUGGCAAAAGUAAUCUUGCAUGGCUUCCGAUCAGGUUUCUGAAGUUGUGACUUGUUUCUGCUAAAAUUGUUAAAUUUAUGCAUCUGUUAAUGCAGUUGUGUGUAUCGGUGCAGCUUGAUAUCAAAUGAUAGAAAUGGUCAAAUAGAAACAAAGCUUUUCCAUUUUCCACAUUCUUGGUGAAUUGCUGGCUGUCAUUUCCCCCCGCUCUACUUGAUUUUUGGAAGCAGGGAGUCUAAAAUGUUUUGUGAUUUGACAGUUGCUACUAGUUGCUAGAAAUAUGAGUUUAAUUACCUUGAGUCUGGAUUGGAGCCAGUAUUUUGUCUCUCAAUGUGGUAAUGCUCGUGCAUCUGUUAAGAUAUAUGAUGUGUGGUUGGCUAAUUGAUGUGUUAUGUGAAGACUGAAAAAAGCGAACUAUGUUGUAUCGGAUAUGUAUCCAACAAUCUUGCCAUGUUGCCAUGUCCUAUCACAUCCACGUUUUGUGUCCAUGUUGGUGUUAGGGCAUGUUACUUUCGAUUCAAAUGGAAGAGGUUUCUCUGAAGUGACUAGUUGAACAACUUUUUGAUCUGCAGUUGUCUCAUGCCUUA